AUGAACGUGCUAAACUUACUAGCAGCCCUUUUAAAGAGUCGGGAAAUGGGAGGUAUAUAUGUUAAGUGUAAUUAUAACUAUUUGUUGCAGAUGCGUUGUGUGGCCGUUUUGUUUGUGUCUGCUUUUACGCUCGCGUUAGCAACAGCGGACAGCCACGACCCACUACCUUCGCAGAACGACAACGACCUACAAUUAACAGAAGAGGACAAGCGAGCCUGGACGAGCUUACAUGGAGGUUGGGGCAAAAGGGCCUGGCAAGACCUUAACUCCGCCUGGGGAAAGCGGGCGUGGCAGGACCUCAAUUCCGCGUGGGGCAAACGUGCCUGGCAAGACUUGAACACCGCAUGGGGUAAACGAGGUUGGCAGGACCUGAACUCUGCGUGGGGAAAAAGAGGGUGGCAGGAUUUGAACUCAGCGUGGGGAAAAAGGGGUUGGCAAGAUUUGAACGGUGCAUGGGGCAAACGGGCUUGGACCGAUAUGUCACAAUACCCUUGGGGAAAACGCGCUUGGCAGGACCUUAACACCGCCUGGGGCAAACGUGGCUGGCAAGACAUGAGCUCCGCGUGGGGAAAGCGUACACCAGAGAACUGGGUGAAUCUUCAUGGCGCAUGGGGCAAGAGGAUACCUGAACCAGAUUACGAGGACUAUGAGAUGGCCGUAGAUCAGAUUCCGUCAGCACACACGCAAGAGGUGGAAGAUCAGCAGCGAUUAGCAGAACCUCCGGUGAAAAAGGCAUGGUCAUCUCUUCAUGGUGCUUGGGGCAAACGGCCUGUUAAACAACCCCACUUUAAUAAUGGAGCGUAUUACUGGAAACGGGAGCCUGGCUGGACCAACCUCCGAGGCAUGUGGGGCAAACGGGCGGCGCCCUCAUCGCUCGACCACGAAAACACGACAGGAAACGAGGCCUAG